AUGCCUAUUCCCGUUCCCAAGGCCGACAGUCUCAAGGACCUCCUUAGCCUCAAGGGCAAGGUUGUUGUCGUUACCGGUGCCUCCGGUGCCCGCGGCAUGGGCAUUGAAGCUGCCCGCGGCUGCGCCGAGAUGGGCGCCGACCUCGCUAUCACCUACUCCUCCCGCCCCGAAGGUGGUGAGAAGAACGCCAAGGAGCUUUCUGAGACCUACGGUGUCAAGGUCAAGGCCUACAAGUGCGACGUUGGUAACUGGGAGAGCGUGCAAGAGCUUGUCAACAACACGAUUAAGGAGUUUGGCAAGAUUGACGCCUUCAUUGCCAACGCCGGCCGCACCGCCAACAGCGGCGUCCUCGAUGGCUCCGUCCAGGACUGGGAGGAAGUCAUCCAGACCGACCUGAACGGCACUUUCCACUGCGCCAAGGCCGUUGGUGCUCACUUCAAGGAGCGCGGCACUGGCAGCUUCGUCAUCACCUCCUCCAUGUCCGGCCACAUCGCCAACUUCCCUCAGGAACAGACCUCAUACAACGUCGCCAAGGCUGGCUGCAUUCACAUGGCUCGCUCUCUGGCCAACGAGUGGCGCGACUUUGCUCGUGUUAACAGCAUUUCUCCCGGUUACAUCGACACUGGCUUGUCGGACUUCGUUGAGAAGGACGUUCAGGACCUUUGGAACUCUAUGAUCCCCAUGGGCCGCAAUGGUCAAGCUAAGGAGCUUAAGGGUGCCUAUGUCUACUUGGUCAGCGAUGCUAGCACAUACAUGACUGGCAACGAUCUUAUCAUCGACGGCGGUUACACUGUGCGGUAA